GGCUGCUCAGAGGGAGAGCAGGGAGGACAGGAGAAGACACGGAUAAAAAGAGAGACAUGAGGACACGAGGCCUGGUUUUCUUUAGCCAGGUUCAUGCUUGAAUGGGGUCCAGGCAGAUUGGUAGAAGCAUGAAAUGGAUACAUGGGAAGAUGAUGCAGCUGACCAGCGUACUUGCCUUAUUUGUGGAGACCGCGCCACAGGUCUGCACUAUGGCAUCAUCUCCUGCGAAGGCUGCAAAGGCUUCUUCAAGCGCAGCAUCUGCAACAAGCGGGUGUACCGCUGCAGCCGGGACAAGAACUGCGAAAUGUCCCGCAAGCAGCGUAACCGCUGCCAGUACUGCCGUCUGCUCAAGUGUCUGCAGAUGGGGAUGAACCGCAAAGCAAUCAGGGAGGACGGCAUGCCAGGAGGGAGGAACAAAAGCAUCGGGCCUGUGCAGAUCACAGAAGAGGAGAUAGAGCGAAUCAUGUCAGGGCAGGAGUUCAAGGAGGAUGCCCCGGAGCACACCUGGGGCAACAACGGCGACAGCGACCACAGCUCCCCCAGCAACGGAGCCUCUGAGGGCAACCAGCCGUCGCCCGCCUCCACUCUGUCAUCCAAUCGAUCUGUAGAGAUGAAUGGCUACACGGCAGCACUCAGGGACCAGUACAUCAACACCUCCAUGUCCACACACUACCAGCUCCUGCCUCACCUGUUCAGCUACGCAGCCCAAUCAGGCCUGCUGACCCCGCAGCCCCGCAGCCUCUACCCACAGUCCCACCCUUUGGUGCUGCAGCUUGUGGCUGCUGAGGACCUGUCCCCCCUCACCACCCCAAUGCUCAUAGAGGACGGGUACAAGGUAACCCAGGUGGAGCUGUUCGCCCUGCUGUGUCGCCUGGCGGAUGAGCUGCUCUUCCGGCAGAUCUCCUGGAUCAAGAAGCUGCCUUUCUUUUGCGAGCUGUCCAUAGAGGACUACACCUGCCUGCUCAGCUCCACCUGGCAGGAGCUCAUCCUGCUGUCUUGCCUCACCAUCUACAGCGCCCAGAUCUUCGGAGACUUGGCCGACGUCACUGCCAAAUACACGCCGUCUGAUGAUGAGCUGCAGGGCUUCAGUGAAGAUGGGAUGGAAGUGAUGGAGAGGCUGAUAUAUCUGUUUCGUAAGUUCCAUCAAUUGAAGAUCAGCAAUGAGGAGUACGCCUGUAUGAAGGCCAUCAACUUCCUCAACCAAGAUAUCAGAGGACUGUCCAACGUCUCCCAGCUGGAGCAGCUGAACAAGCGCUACUGGUACGUCUGCCAGGACUACACCGAGUACAAGUACCCGCACCAGCCCAAGCGCUUUCCUGAGAUCAUGAUGUGUCUGCCCGAGAUCCGCUGCAUCGCAGGGAAGCUGGUGAACGUCCCCCUGGAGCAGCUCCCCCUCCUGUUUAAAGCAGUCUUGCACUCCUGCAAAUCCAGCCUGACCAGCUACCGGACCGGCCCGUCGCCCUGCGCGACCGCCCCCUCUGGAAACUAACCUAUCCCGACUGCCGAGCCUAGGGACCGGUCUCCCCUCCUGUGAAUGUGACAAGCAGCUAGUUCUUUUUUUUUUGUAAUAUUUUUCUUUAUAUAUUUAUUACACGACAGAGCUGAAUGUAUGCUGAUUUACACUGUGCACAUCUUCUGUACAAAACAAAUGCUCAAAGAUGCAUUGGUCUUUGGAGUUUACAAGUGUAUAUCCAGUUUGCUCAAUGUGUCGCCGUUGCCAUUGUUAGACUAGACUUUAAAAGAGCUUAUUUUAUUCAGACAGGGCAGCAGGACACAUUUGUGAUUUGUGACUACCUCAGGAAGAUGUUGUUGCUAUUUUCAGGUACCUUUUCUUGCUUUGAAAUGAAGAGUUGCCCGGUCUAAAAUCAAACCUGUGGAUGCUUUGACAUCUCAAUCAGAGACUGAAUGUUAAAAUGAGCUGCAGAAAUCAGAGUUUAGAAACAUCAGUGUUGUGUUGCACUGAAAAUGCAAAAUCCAUUAGCAGAAUUUUAGCUACUUUAUAUGCAUGGACUCUCAGUUAUCCUGUAUUCGGGAGGCGGUCCUGUCCGUUUAACAUUCCAUGAGUUAAGUUGGCCGUUGUUGGAUCUGUGGGAUCACUGAAAAAGGAGCAUACGGGUAUUUUUUACAAUCAUAGACUAGGGAUGUGAGGCUUUAUUGCAGGGGAAGGGGAGGGUAGCUAGGUUUGCUGUUUUUGUUUCACUUUUCUUUCUAGACCAAAGUGUUAUGCAAUGCUUUCUUCAAACACCCACUAAUGGGUAGGGAGCUGACAGCUCAACAAAGAAUGAAUAUAUAUAAGGGAGAACUUUCUUAUCAAUGAAGGAUGGUGAUAAGAAAUUAAUCAAUAUGUAACAGAGGAGAGACCCUCAGCCAGGCAGACAAGUGGGUCACCAAAAUUCCACCUCAGUGCUGCUAAUCAGAGCCAUGUUUUAGUUGCAGGAAGUGGCUUCAGGCUCACAGGUUUCAAACAACACUGCCUUCAUGUGGAAGCUUUCACUUUGUUCUGAAAAAUCAACAAAUGGGCUGCAGUCAGAGCAGUUGGUUCACUAAAGCCUCGUCAUGUUGGUGGAGCUCUGCCAAGUUAAAGUUUAUUUAUAGAGGACAUUUCGACCAAAGAACAUCACAAUAAUCACAGCGUCAGUAAUCAUGUGACCAGAACAGAAAGAGAAUCCGUCAGUUGGAUUCCCUUUAACGUCGGCCUCCAACAUUAAAGGCUAAUAUUGAGCCAUUCUCACACGACCCUGGACAAUAAAGUCCGAUGUGUGAUGAAUAUCGGACAUUAUUCUAAUGCUGUUUUAACCUCUUGAAUCCCUUUACACCAGCUGAGCUCCUAGUUGUUUUCUUACAUGCCAACCAGCUGGAAGUUCUGCAAAAACACAAAAUCUCACCAUGUGUUGGUGUUUUAGUUUCUAAUGCAGACAUCUCAGUACACUUGAAAUGAGGUAAAACUAACUACUUGCUGCAGCAAGAUACAGGAGCUUGUUGUAAGUCAUUAAUUCCUUAGUAUUGAU